AGGCCUUCGUCCACGUCUUAGCAAUCUACUCGCUGUGACGUGUGGAGAUGAACUCGGCGCAAGUUGCCUGCGGCGAGAUUGGGAAGAGGGCUUCCCCGCUGGUGGCUGGUGCUAAGAGCUUGCAGCGAGUUGGUAGCGGCGGAAGCGACGUCAUCGACCCGGAGGUGGGUGUCGAAGCCGAGUCCCGGAAGCUGCCGCCCUCGCAGUACAAAGGCGUCGUCCCCCAGCCCAAUGGCCGGUGGGGCGCGCAGAUCUACGAGAAGCACCAGCGCGUCUGGCUCGGCACCUUCAACCGGGAGGCCGAGGCCGCGCGCGCCUACGACGUGGCCGUGCAGCGGUUCCGAGGCCGCGACGCCAUCACCAACCUCAGGCCGCUGAACGAUGCCGACAACAACGACGACGCGGCCGAGCUUUUCUUCCUUGGUUCUCAUUCCAAGGCGGAGAUCGUGGACAUGCUCAAAAAGCACACCUACAACGAGGAGCUACAGCAGAGCAAGCGAUCCUUCGGUGCCGACAAGAAGGCGGCUACUUCUCCCGGCGAUACGAAGUCACCUAUCGGAACCCAAAGGCAGCACCUCUUUGACAAGGCGAUGACGCCCAGCGACGUCGGCAAGCUCAACCGAUUAGUGAUACCGAAGCAUCACGCUGAGAAGCACUUCCCGGUGAUGGAGGCCGGUGGCGCCGCCAGCAGGGGAGUGCUGCUAAGCUUCGAGGACUCAAGCGGGAAGGUAUGGCGGUUCCGAUACUCCUACUGGAACAGCAGCCAGAGCUACGUGCUGACCAAAGGUUGGAGUCGGUUCGUCAAGGAGAAGGGCCUCGGGGCCGGCGACGUGGUCACCUUCCAAAGGUCGACUGGCCCGGGGAAGCAGCUGUUCAUCGACUCCAAGUCGCCCGUGCAGAUCUUCAGGCUCUUCGGCGUCAACAUUGUUAGGACUCCGGCUGCAGGGAGUGCCGCCUGUUGCGGAACUGGAAAGAGGACCAGAGAUCGGAUGGAGUUGGCAUCAUCACAAGAGAUGGUCAAGAAGCAAUGCACAGAGUCUUUGUAGUGUCGUUGCCACUUUGCUUAGGCUAAUCGUCACUUCCCUCCAAAUAUUUCCCUUCAACUUCAAGUGUCUGUGUAUAUUAGACAGAGAUGGAAAAGCUGAAGCCUAAUGAACAGAAUGAUUGCAUUAAAAGGUUCUUUUCCCCUCA